CUUUGUAUAAUAUUUUCUCAAAUAUGAAGCCCUCCUACUUUCUGUUAUUUUUGAGAAAACUGUUAUUUUGUGUUACUCUGAAUGUAACAGCUGUUUCUGCUACUCAAAAUAGUAUACUUGGAGAGAAUUUUCAACCACUGAAGCUUAUUAAUGGUUUUAUACACAAAAUGAAAGGGACUGGAGAGUUAGUAAACACCAGGUAUUUUCCAGAGAUUCAGGAAGUGGUUCUUGGAGUAUAUUUUACCCUUCUUUUGACGAUAUGCAUAUUAGGAAUAGUUGUAUUAGUCAUAGACAUGAUGAAAGGAGAAUAUGGUUAAUUCAUUUGGUGCAGGAAUUAUUCUGGAGAAAUUGCCUGGCUACU